GUUAUCAUAAUAGAUAUGGUACAAGGUCCCCGCCAGAGGCCGAGACGAUACCACGUACUUCACUCGUUCAUCCUCAUAAACAAGGUGACUGGUUUAGCACUCAAAGGGUCGACAAAGCCGGGAGACAAGGUGCUCUUGACUCAAUAUGAUCCUCUCGACUACGGUUUCGUGUGGUCUGAGAACCGGUUCCAGGCUUCAAACACGGACUAUCUCGCGAUCAAUCUGGAUGGAACAAACUUGCAGUGGGCUCUGCAGAACGAUGACCAGUACCAGAACAGUGCGUGGUACCAUCCUCUCACGCUCUGCCUGGCAUCUGCAAACCAAAGCAGCAGGCCUGGAAAUUCAAUCCAGUGGUGGCAGGCAGUUAACCAUGAACCAUGCUGAACCAUGCUGUUCUUGCAAAUAAAA